AUGCCUCAGUCGUCUGUUCCUUUGUUUGAGACUACUGAAACCAAAACCUGGGCUUCUCUCACCGUCGAUAGUCUCUUCACAGACCGAGAACCCAUUACGUUUGAGCCUUGGCCAACAACGCCAACAACACCAACAACACCAACAACGUCCUACACCUCUCAAUUGUUGAAACCUUCAAAUCCUAUCCGUCGUUCUAUAUCCCUAUUCGAAUCAAACCAGUUCCUCAAUUCUGCAACAAUAACGCGCUCAAAUACUCAUCGUUCCGCCAGCCACUCUUCGUACACCCUUCCUACAAUUUCUGACAGCGAUUGCAGUAUCCCCGAUCUCGAUACUUCUUCUACCCGCUCUUCGUCCCCAAUAUCACCCCGCCCUUCUAUUUCUUCUCGUCUCCCCCAUUUAUCUCUUGUCGAUAUAUAUCUCGAUAGAUCUCGGAGCGGAAAGCAGAGAUCUCUGACCUUUAAAGAACGCGAAGGAUUAAUUAUAUGGCGACGUACGUUUGAAUCAUACCUCUUGACUCCCCUUACAGACAAGCACACGCCACAUUCAAGUCGGUCAGCUCAAUUGAUACGAUUUAUUACAGCCGAAUUGCUAACAACUGAAAUAACUUAUCUUGAGCACCUUAAGAUUAUUAAGCAUGCAUUCAUGGAUCCCCUGAUAAAUGCUGCUAAUGACACAAGGCCACUCGUAAACUUGCGAGAUAUUCAACCUAUAUUUGCCUUUGUUCCUCAAUUGAUCAUGCUUUCGACCAGUCUUGUACACAGUCUUCGUGACACGAUGGAAAGCGAAAUGGAACGGGUUGGGAGCGUAUUCUCAAGUCUGGAAAACGAUUUUGAAGUCUAUAUAUUCUACGCUGUAAAUUUCCCAAAACUACAAAAGUGUCUCUAUAAAGCAGAUCGGAAUACACUUUAUCGGCAACUAGCCCAUGAUUCAUUACGCAACAAAGAGACCAACCGGAUGGGAUUGUCAGAUUACAUGAUUGCUCCAAUUCAGCGAAUUACACGCUAUUGUCUCUUACUCAAAGAUCUCAAAAAGCAUUCGAUAUAUACUCAACCGGAUUUCGAUCAUCUUCAACGCGCACUUCAUUGCAUGAAUUCCUUGGCCCUAGCUAUGAAUAAUAUCCAGAAAAAACCGUACCUCCUAAAAGAAGAAGACCUAGGUGUCUGGCAAGCGAUUGAUCAAUACACAAAGUGCGGGAACAAGAAAUAUACCGGACCCCGGACAGGUGGUCACAAUUAAUUAGUCCGACUAGAUAGAAAUGUCGUACCCUGCCAAGAAACGUCGUCCCCACUUGAACUGUUUAUAGGAUUUCUCGAGAUCGUUGUAGACUGUGUCGUUAUAAAAUAGGAUGUAAUCCGGAUUCAGGAUUGGUUGGUUACUGGUUUUAUAUUUAUUUUGUCAAGUCUAUUAACCUCUUAAAAUACUACACUCUUGGAGUACACGUCUUGGAGUAACAUUACUAUUAAAUACUAUUGGUCUUUUAUAUAUAUCAAUCAAUCAAUCAUAAAAGUUUAUAAAAGGCAACACGAUUGACAGGCAAGAAUCUUAAACUAUACACACCUUUAUCAUUUACUCUUCCAAAGAUCAACCGAGGAACGAAUCAAAAGAAUGCUAACAGAGCAUAUCUUCAAACCCGCCAGGAUGUUCAAAGAAGGAGUGUCACCUCGCCAACUUGAAGAUGUCUUCAUCGAAGAGGGACACAGAAAAGCCUUCAUGGAAAUCUCUCUCAUCUUGACCGCAUAUCCUGAAAGAUACAAGUUCCAAAAGAACUCUAUAUACUAUGACUCAAAAGCCUCUCCACACAACCACUUCCUCGCCUUCUUC